UAACCUUCAACUGCCCAGCAAGGCAACCACGGGAAAACCGUAGCGUAGUUUGUCGGGAAAAGCAUUCCAGGACUAAUAAUAGAGUUUCGGUCGGGAAAUUUCGCUUCGAACUUGCGGAGAACCGCAGUGGAUGCAUUUUUUAGUAAAUUGCAUCAUAACAAAGUGUACGUGAAACUGAAAAUCGGGAACAAAUAAUGGCGAAAUUGCGGCUUAUAUUCGGCACGUUUUAUUUCAUCACGUAUUGCGCCUGUCAGAUCCAUAUACCGGGCGCAAAAUACACGACGAACUGCAACUUAACUUCGGAGGCGACCGAAGAUUUCGUUACGAUUUACAAACUGCUCGUCGUGUUUCUCGCGCGGUUCGACGAUUUGCCGGUGUCCUCGGUGGACGGUUUCUGCGCAAAGACCACAGAAACUCUAAACGACGUGUUGGCCAAGUCCCGGAGAGAUUGGGAGCCGUGCCUGAAAGACGGCUGGGUGUAUUAUGGCGACUUCGUGGGCGAAACUCUUCACAAUUUCGUCGAUUUCUUUUGCGAUGACGACGGCGUUAACGGCAAAAAAUAUUCCAAUAACCAGUCGAAGGAGUGCCGCGAAAGGAUAGUUUUUUCGAGGUUAGAGCAAUGUUUACAACCAGUAUACUACGACAACCGAUUUAAUAUUCCCGGGCGUAGGGACGAACUAUGCAGAAAAGUCGAAAUUGUCAAAGACUGCACCGGGUUGCUAAUCAAAGAGGAAUGUCCAUCGUCGCUGGAAUACCAGAAGCUCGUCGAGUCGCUGAUGGAGAAGAUGUACGGCGUUUGUAGCGGCUACAAAAGUCAUAAUUAUUGCGCUGAGAUUUUUCCCACUGCGAAGAUGGUGGGAAGAUUGCAAUCGUAGAAUGACUGGUACCCUAUUAAUUAACCACCAUUGAGAAUUCCUUUGCUCGAAAAUGUUUUCCAGUGAAAGUUUCGUCUUGUGGAGUUCCAUUCGGAACGUGGAUGAAGAUGUUUUGUGGGUAAUCCCACUAACCAAAAUUGUUAGUUGGCGUAACCAUAGUUCUUUAUAGAAUUUUUCGCCCCUUGUUGCCAAAUAUUCAAUUAUUAUUUCCUCGAUGGUCUGCUAUACUUGUACGGGGUGAGUCAAAGAUAGUUUCCAAAGUUAUGAGAUAAUAAAAAUAAUAGUAAUAAACGUUUUUUAUUAAUUACAUUUUUUUUUCUCCAAAAUUACGUUUCAUAAAUAAUCAAAGUGCUACAAUGUGGCGAAGUCUAGCUUAAAAGCUAUUCCAGUUAACCACUGGCACCAGUUAGAAAAGAAGUAGACGGAAUCGUUAAUAACAAAAUAGAAGGUGAUAUAAAAAAUCAUUAUUGUACAUUAUUUUUAUUUUUUAAUAUUUUCAUGAAUGACUUUGAUGACGUAACUGAAACUCGAGAGGGGAAGGGUGACUAUAAUAAGCGGAUGAGUAAAAUUUACCAAAUGGAUGGCUUUUUCAUUUUUAACCAACCCAAUUCUUUUAUUUUUUCUGACAGAUAAUCGAUCGAUAUUUUGCUGCUGUUCUGAGAGAUCUUACAAAAAAUUAAAAUAUUGGAAAAACUAUUAGGUUUAGGUAUGUAUUAUUAAUAAAAAGCAGUUCAAAGCAAAAUGUGAAAAUAGGGUGUUCGUUCCAUUUAAAAAAUGUUUAUUUUAAACGUCUCACUUUUUUGGGCCACCCUGUAUACUUUAAAGGAAUUUUAAAUGAACUUAAAUCUAUCGUUGACUCACCCUGCACAUACUUUGUAUAUUAUUGUCAAGUGAUACUGUUUUCAUGAUAAUUUCGACGUGCCACCAACUGAUGUACCUAAAAUAUACGCAUUGUUUUGGUAUACUGUUAAACACAAAACCACCACAAGUUUUUUUGUUAUGUUCGGUAUUUCUAAUUAAAUGGAAUAAAUAUGGCAGUUUGGCAACACUGUGCAGUCGAAUGGCAUUUGGCGAGCACAGUUACAAGUACCCUUUCCAAAUACGUCGACUGCAGGGUUAUCGUUUUUUGUUACUGUGAUUGUAAAUUUAUUUUUAAAAAU